UAAAUACCUUCUCUGCUCCUCCCCUCUCUCAUUCGGCAAGAGACUCACUCUAUUUGCAUGCGAUUUGAAUCUUCGCCUUUGAAAUUAAGCUCGAAGGAGAAUUAAGAGAGAUGGAUCCGUCGCUGGCGAAACGGGUUUCGGACGUGAUCCGAGCCGCCUUCUGCAUGAUCCGCAAGGGCUUCUCCAAGCACUGCAGGCUGAUCGUGGAGCUCCACCUCCUGCUCAGGCGCGGCAAGCUCGCCGGGAAAGCCAUCGGCAAGUUGUUACUCCACCACCAGCACCACCCGGCCGAAGCCGAUGCGGCUGGAUUUCCGGUGGACCCCGCGCGGCUUUCGUUCUACCGCCGGGAGGACGUGGAGUUCAGCUGCUGCAGCACUCCUUCGCCUGCCGCGGCUGCUUUUUUCCUCUCCAAGCGUCGUCCGGGACAGCGACGGGGGGACUGUGCCGCUGCGGUGCUGGCCAAGGAGUUUGAGGAGCUGAUGAGAGCGGCGCCGUCGCCGUCGGCAGAGGCGUCUCUGUUCGGGCAGAGCUCGGCGGGGGAGAGGCUGAGGAUAGCGGACUCGCCGUUUCCGGCGACGGAUGAAGAAGAGGCGGGCGGCGGGCCGGUGGACUGGGAGGCGGAGGCGUUCAUCAUGUGGUUCCGUGAGCAGCUGCGCCUCCAGCGGAGCCUGCCGGCUACGCCGGAGUGCCGCGGCAAGGCGCCGGCCUGAGGCGGAAGGAUUCGGCGACAUAUGUAUUCGGAAUAAAUUUAAUUAGUGUCCCUAAUUGUUAAUUAGUGGUUAAUGAAGGAUGAAAUAAUUAAAUUACGGUGGCAGGUGUAUGAAAAAAAAAAAAAAAGAGAGAGAGCCGAUCUUAGAGCAUAUGUAUAGGAUAAAUGAGCUUUGGUGUAAUUUUGAACUUAAAAUAAGUGUGCAAAUCAAUUGGUUUUAAUCAAUCAAUUGGUUAUUUCCAUUU